AUCUCGCGAGCCGCGUUGGCGCUUUCUCAGUUAGAGAGCUGUACACUCGGCUGGUGUGUCCAGAGCUGUCGUCGCAGACUGGGCAUGCUGAGGUAGAUUUUCAGGCUACCAUGGACACAGAGAUGAUGCCAAAAUUCUCCUCGAAAGAUGAGGAAAUUGAUUACUGGAAAAAUUUGUCCCUUAAAUUCCAGAAAUGUUAUAACGAUGCCCAGGAGGAGUUGCAGGAGUUUCAGGAGGGCAGCCGUGAGUUGGAGGCGGAGCUGGAGGCCCAGCUUGGCCAGGCAGAACACCGCAUCCGUGACCUGCAGGCUGAAAAUCAAAGGCUGAAAAGUGAGGUGGAUAACCUAAAGGAGAAACUGGAGCAGCAGUAUGCACAGAGCUAUAAGCAGAUCUCCGUGCUGGAGGAUGACCUGGGCCAGACACGCUGCAUUAAGGAGCAGCUGCACAAAUAUGUCAGGGAACUUGAGCAGGCCAAUGAUGACCUAGAGAGAGCCAAAAGGGCGACAAUUACGUCUCUGGAGGACUUUGAGCAGCGGUUGAACCAGGCUAUAGAGAGAAAUGCAUUCCUUGAGAGUGAGCUGGAUGAAAAGGAGUCUCUGUUGGUGUCUGUGCAGAGGCUAAAGGAUGAGGCCAGAGACCUAAGGCAGGAGCUUGCUGUGCGGGAGAGAGCCUCAGAUUCUACCAGAAUGUCAGCGCCGAGCUCUCCAACGCUGGACACUGACAAAAUGGACACUGCUGUUCAAGCCUCUCUUUCCCUGCCAGCUACACCAGUGGGGAAAACAAUAGACCAUCCAUUUGUGAAUCAGAAAGUGUUAACCAAUGCUUGUGGAAACUCCCCACUAACCCCAUCUGCAAGAAUCUCCGCUCUCAACAUUGUUGGUGAUCUGCUACGAAAAGUUGGGGCCUUGGAGUCCAAGCUGGCUGCCUGUAGGAAUUUUGCCAAAGAUCAGGCAGCGAGGAAAAACUACACAGAAAAUGGCAACCUGAUUAAUAGCAAUGCCACCAAGUUCUCUCAUUCUCUUCACACAACGUAUUUUGAUAAAACGACUAUGAAUGGCCUGGAUCCUGGAGCUUUGAGUGCAAUGACAUCACAGCGAAAUGUAUCCCCUCCCGGCAUGCUACCACUCAGCGUGUGAAAGCUCCACACCUGCCUCCACAGUAAAAGAAAAAAAACAACACAUGGACAGCACGAAAUCAAAAUGGAAAGGACACUGGGAAACCCUGCCACUCUGUGUGUGUGUGUGAUGCUGUGUGUGUGUGUGUGUGUGUGUGUGUCCGGCAGAUGCAUGUCGGACACGGAGGCACGUAUGACUCUGUUGGUUGAACCUGGUUUUUCAGAGCUCUCAUUUUUCACUUAGCCGGUUUUGUCUUUACUUGAAGCUAGCCAAAUGACAACGGGGCCUAAACAGACCCCUGCUUUUUUUUGGCUUGAUUUACAAAGUUGUUGCACAUUUUUUUUUUUUUGGGGGGGGUUCAAAAUUUGUGUGUACACAUUCGAACAGCAGCCAUGCAAAAGAUCAGCGAUGCAUACAGUAUAUACCUCUUUAACUGAAUUCUGUGUUUUUGCAUUUAAAAUCACAUUCUAAUUAGGGUUUUUUUUUUCUACCGAGAGAGGCGGGUGGUUGACCUGGAAUGUACUGUUUCAGCCUUUCAAAACAGCAUGGAAAGAUCCCCUGCUCUCAGUAAUGGUCUUUUAAAUUAUUCACAUGUGUGUGUUUCUUCUCUGUAUGCUGCUUCAGCAGGCUGGUUGGAUAGCUACUGACAUAGAAAACCUCACUCUCCCUAUAUUAGCUUUAGACAGUUUGUGUAACAAUAAUAUUCGGAAAAAAUGUGCUGUUCAGCACAUUGCGAAACACCACUAUUCUCAGUACUACACGUUUACAUUACUCCGACCAGCAUCCUAUCUUAGAAUGGUUAUAAUGAAGAUGAUACUGUUUUAUCUCUAGAACAUUAUAUGGCUAUGUAAACUGGUUAUGAUCCCGUGUUGUGAGUUGAAGUAUAUUGGUUGAGGAAUUCUUAGUGGCCGUGUUAACCUAAUCUCUGUCUCGUGCUUCUUGACGUUGCUGGUGGUUUGACCUUCACUGUUAAUUUAUUUAAUUCACAGGUCUGUAUUUCUGACGGUUGUUUCUGGUUUUCAGUUCAGCUUGGCUGUACCAGCACUUCGUAAACCACACAAUGUUGGAGCACUUUUUUUUUCUUUUCUUUUUUUUUGCCCCUUGGUAUUUUAUUUCCCACAGUAUAGUAAGUUAUUAAGCGCACUAUUGACUCUGCAUUGUCACAUGUAUAUAAGAUUAAAAGCAUAAAAAAUUUGCCCAGACAAUUUGUACAUAUCAAGACUGGGUCUUACAGCUUAUUAAUUUAUUUCAAAUUCCUUAUGGCAUGUUUUUGAGAGGAAGAGUGAAUUUUACAUAUUGUAUAUUGUUUCAGAAUAAUAUGAUAAAACAGUUGUC